AUGGGGAUACUGUCGCAAUUGGUGCCGCAUGCGCGAUCGUUGGAGCAAUGGUUGACCAGCACGAUCGGCUUUGAACCGUGGAUGGAAGGAGACAACAACAUACAGGCUCACCUCCAACAAACGUUUGUCGCCCGUCGACACACGGCCACGGACGUUGCUGCGACGAGGUAUUGCCGAGAGGUGUCCAUGACGCAGUCGGACGUCGUGGAAAGCGCCAUCAACACGCUCUUGCAACGGAAGCGCUAUGGCAAGGACACGUCCACCAACUUGUUGACGCUUGGGUAUGGCAUGGCCAGCCCGGGGGCGAACAACCACUUCCUUGCCAACGACCUGUCUUGCUACUACCCCAACACGUUGGUUGCGAUGCUCAAGUCCAAUGAAUGGGUGCAGCUCCAUCUGCACAUCGGGGACGACUUGAUGAAGCACAUCCUGCUCAACCACAACGUGUUUGUGCUCAUGGCUAACACCACCGACUGCUACAUCCAGCUGGCUGGGGACAACAUCCGGUUUGCAAAGACGUCGACGGGUCCUAUGGAGAGCUCGGUGUCGAUUCGACGAGUCAUGUACGCCCGAGGACACAGCAGUCACCCCCCGUCGGUCCAGCUGAAGCACAGCAUACUCAGCCCAUUGAAUCCGUCCAAGGAAGCAGCCCGUCGAGUGGUGGCGACAAUCCUACGACUCAACAACGCCAAGCGGCUCGAUAAAAGGGGUCAGAAUCUCGUGCCCAUCGUGCAGGACAUGAUGAAUCGAUUCAAAGCAUGCGACGUGGGGGGAUCUGUCCGUCGAAUGUGCGCCCUGCCUGGUGCAUGUGUUGCCAUCCUCAAGAUGUGUCGACUACAUCACCAGACGGCGCGGGUCACAGUGGACAUGGAGCUGGAAGACGAUGGAUUUGCCAGUCAGGACGAGAGCACAUCAAGUCAUCGCAAGAAGCGGUCCAACUUGGCUUCGGAGAAUGCCAGCCCAGCCAAACGGAGAAAGCGUCAGAGUAAUCAGGAGACCAUCGCCGAUUUGCUUCAGUUUCACACACCCAAGGAACAGGUGUAUGAAUGUGUUCGAUACAUUCUCGACACGAUUGUGCCCAAGGAAGUAUGGGGAAGUAGUGCGAAGAACCACAGGCGAUUCCUGCAGCUGCUGCGAUGGUACUUGUUCUCGCACAUGCACGAUGCGUUUGCAUUGAAAAAAACAGUGGAUACCAUGUCUGUGCAUACCAUUGCGUGGAUGCAGCAACAUGCAGGGUCGACAUGCGUGCCCUCUGAAGUCCACAAGCGAAGGCGCAUCCUGACGUUGCUACUGUCUUGGCUAUGGACCGAUGUGAUUGAGCCCAUCCUUCGCCUGCAUUUCUACAUCACUACAUCUGAAGGCCAGUUCAACCGCGUAUCGUUUUACCGCCACUGCGUGUGGAAUACUGUCGUAACGCUGGGCACCCUCGACUUGGCCCAAGAUCACCUGACACGUGUCCCAUCCGCCGUGCCGCCCACGACGCCGUUUCCCAUCUCCACGAUCCGAUUCGAGCCCAAGUCCCACGGCGUUCGCCCCAUCAUGAACUUGUCUAAGAAACCCGUCGGCGGCGGCGUGUCUGUGAACCGGACGCUGCGCCUGGCUCACCACGUGUUACGACACGAGAGUCAGUGGGGAUUGGGAGCUUCCGUGGCCAACAUGCACGAGAUUGGGCGUCGAUUUGGGUCGUUUCGUCAAGAAUGGAUGGCUGGGAACGACGUGCGUCGUCCUCUGUACUUUGUCACAGUUGACAUUGAACGAUGUUUUGACACGAUCAAUUCCCGCCGGUUACUCAAAAUGCUCCCGCGGGUUCUCACGCAAGACAGGUACAUGCUUCGACGGCACUAUGUCGUCCAGUCCACCAAGGCCGGGAUCAAAUACAAGUCGUGCACCCCAGUGUUGCUGCCCUCCGACCUCCGGCGUUUUGAGCACCUUGCGUCAUCCACUGCCUCAAAGCAUUCGGUGCACGUGGACGGCGUCGUGUACGAUUACAUUCAACGGCGAGAUCUCAUCAAGCUGCUGCAAAGUCAUUUGCUGUCCAACUACGUUACCAUGGAGUCCGAACUUUUCUUGCAGACACAGGGAAUUCCGCAAGGGUCGGUGCUGUCGUCGCUGCUGUGUAGUAUCUACUACGCCGACUUUGAGAAGAAUGUGCUGCUGCCCCGCAUUCCCAUGCAGGUUGGCCAGGAUCUGCUGCUGCGGUACACGGACGACUUUCUAUUUUUGACGACAAACAAAGCCCACGCCGAGACAUUCCAAGCCAUCAUGCACCGCGGAAGCAAACGGUACGGCUGCCGCGUCAACCCCCGCAAGACCCAAACCAACCUCCUCGUCCGCCAUCAACUGCUGCGGUGGUGCGGACUCGUAAUCGACCCCACAACGCUUGCUGUGUACUCCAACUAUGCCAAAUAUACUGCACUGCCUCGCUCGCUCAAGAACACGUUGUAUCUUGAUACAUCACGACCUGUCAGUGCCUGGUUCUUCAAACGCCUGCUUGCUUUGGUGCAGUUCCGAUGCCACCACAUCUUUUUCUCGCCCAAGUUCCCCGUGGCAUGUCAAACGAACAUGUACCAUAUUAUAGCAGUCGUAGCUGUGAAAUACGUGUACAUGAUGCUCGGUCUGCCAAGACCCACUAUGUACUGGAAUAUGGCGUUCUUUCAUCGGGGAUUGGUGAUGUUGUGGCAGAAACUGUACGGUCAAAUUCGCAAGCAUUGCCCCAACGCCCUCACCUGGAGCAAGGUAUAA